AUGCCACCAACCACGAGGAAUACUUCGUUGAAGGCGCUGCAAACGAAGUUGAGGGCAUUGGAAGGAAUGUUCAAUGACAUUUGCCGUUUCAUUGAUUUGAUGGGUGAUGACACAGCAACAUCUGAAGCAACAGUUCGUUUGGAGAAAUUAGAUGAACUGUGGGAACAAUUGAACGAAGCUACAAUGGACAUCGAGAUGCACGAGGACUACCUUGAUGAUGACGAUACUUACUCAACGAAGCGAUCGGAAUACGGCGAUCGUUAUUAUAAAGGGAAAUCGUUGCUGCUCGAGAAGGUCAAAGAGCCGGAGGAAAAGUUGAAUCUGUCAGUUUGCGGUAGGGACCCAAAUCAACAAUCGACCUACGACCACGUCAGGCUCCCACAAAUCAGGUUGCAAACCUUCGAUGGCAACAUUGAUGAGUGGUUGAGCUUCAGAGACCUGUAUAUAUCAUUGAUCCAUUGUAAAACAGAUAUACCUGAAGUCGAAAAGUUUCACUAUCUGAAAGGCUGUUUAGUAGGGGAAGCUAGGUCGUUGAUAGAUUCGCUUGCAAUGACUAGGGCUAAUUACCAGAUUGCAUGGGAUGCGGUGAUGAAGCGAUAUAAUGACAGUAAAAUGUUGAAACGUAGGCAGGUGCAGGCACUUUUCGAUUUACCCAAUGUUGCAAAGGAAUCGGUGGUGGAAUUGCAGUCUUUACUAGAGGCUUUUGAAAGUAUCCUCCAAACACUUGAUCAAUUGAUUCUGAUUAUAAAGAUUUGUUGUUGCUGA